UAAUUGAUUCUAGUUUUCAAAGAUUUUAGGCCAUAAUCAAUAUUUUCGCUUUACCUUUUUCUCUAAGCUAAAAUUUCCUCCGCGUGAUUCGUCCACACUCUCCGAAUCUCCAUCCCGAUGAUCUCCUUAUCUGUUACUUUCUUCUGCCCUUGGGAUCUUCACUGGCCUCUUCCUUAACAACAAUGCUGAUAAUAAUAUAAAAUCGUUUCCUGUCAGUUGGAAGCUUUGUUGGAUUUUGACUCCAUGAGUGCAGUCAGGAGACAAGUCCCUCAUGAUCCAUCUGUAGAUGCUUGGAUGUAUCUCCUUCAACAAAGUACUAUGAAUCCAUUCGAAUUGAGGUUCCAGCCAAUCUGAUGGUAGGGCAUUCGAUCCCAAGACCUGUAAAAGUACCUAAUUGAUCUACGUCUUGGAAUUUGGUGGGAAUUGUAACAGUCUGUAUUGGACUGGCACCCGACAUUGUGGGUGUACUGUUAAAGGUGGCAGCCUUCUAUGAGUUUUUACAUCUCGCGACUUUUACUCACAGAGUCACUUGUGUCCUGCAGUCCGUUCUGGGUAGUCCUAGCAGCUGGAUUCAGGUUUUCUUUUGCUUUUGUCGAAUCUGAGCUGUAGAGGAUCAGGGCUCAAACACACGCAACACGUAUAUCAACGUGUCAGAUUUAAGGCCUGGCUAGUGGAGACUGACACUGAGUUCUCUUUUCUUCACAAUCCCAGACGAUCUCCAACAGAGGAAUACGCUCUGUAUUACAGGAAUCUGUUGGGCCUGGUGAAAUAAUGGAGAAAGAUUCUGAAUUGAAGACAGAGGAGGGGUUUGGAAAUGGGAAACCGGAUGAAAAUAAUAUGGCUAACGGGGUGAAAGGUCUUGGCAAAGGUGGCGAGAGCUCCAAGAAGAAGGAAGGAUUUUUCAGGGCAGACCAGAUUGAUCUGAAGAAUCUGGAUGCCCAGCUGGAGAAACACUUGAGUAGGGUAUGGACUAUGGAAAAAGAAUCUAAAAGAGCAAAGGAGGAAUGGGAAAUUGACCUUAAGAAAUUAGUUCUGAAGGGAAAAAUAGCCCAAGGCACUUUUGGAGCUGUAUAUAGAGGUGUUUUUGAUGGCCAGGAUGUUGCGGUGAAACUGCUUGACUGGGGAGAAGAACAAACCAAAACAGCAGCUGAGAUAGAUGCAGUGAGGACCGCAUUUCGACAAGAAGUGGCUGUAUGGCAUAAACUAGACCAUCCAAAUGUAACAAAGUUUAUAGGUGCCUCAAUGGGUUCUUCAGACCUUAUGCACGGUUCAAAUGAUACUGAAGGUGGUCUUGAGGGUCCAUCCAAUGCUUGUUGUGUUGUUGUAGAGUAUCUUGCUGGAGGAACACUGAAGAACUACCUCAUAAAAAACCGGAGAAGAAAACUUGCUUAUAAUGUUGUGAUCCAGUUAGCAUUGGACCUUUCCAGAGGGUUAAGCUAUCUUCAUUCACAAAAGAUAGUUCAUAGAGACGUUAAAACAGAAAACAUGCUGCUGGACAAAAGUCGAACGCUUAAGAUAGCAGACUUUGGAGUUGCACGUGUUGAGGCUCAGAAUCCCAAGGACAUGAUUGGUGAGACAGGAACUCUUGGUUACAUGGCACCAGAGGUUCUGGAUGGAAAGCCAUACAAUAGAAAAUGUGAUGUUUACAGCUUUGGAAUCUGUCUAUGGGAGGUCUACUGCUGUGACAUGCCUUAUGCCGAUCUCAGUUUUGCAGAGAUGACAUCUGCAGUUGUUAGACAGAAUCUAAGACCCGAAAUUCCACGGUGUUGCCCUAGCACUUUAGCAAAUGUUAUGAAAAAAUGCUGGGAUGCAAAUCCUGAUAAGAGACCAGAGAUGGAUGAGGUAGUUCAAUUGUUAGAGAAUAUAGAUAUACAUAAAGGUAAAGGAAUGGUCCCUAUUGAUCAACCUGACGGAUGUUUCUGCUUUUUAUGGCACCGUGGUCAUUAAUUUACCUGUGCAGAGACAGAAUGGAAAGGCUUACAACAACCUUUACCAUGAAAAGUAGUAUGUUGGAAGCAUGGUUUUUUCAUCAUUUUGCUUGGUUGGUUUGAUAUGUAGCUGGAAGUAAUUCCUCAGCACUGAAAUGUUUUGGUUCAAAAUGAUUAAAAUUUGAUUUAUAUACACAACAGUACAUGAUUCUUCUUUUCCUGAGACCAUAUUGAUUCUUUUACGAAUCUGGUCCAGAUGAAUUAGAUGUUAGAUCUGUAGUUAUAUUCUGAUUAUUGUUGAAUCUAAGUUGACAGGACCAGACUGCCUUUGAAAUGUUUUCUUGGUCAUUUGAAAAACUUUUCACAGGCAAAUCCUGUCUACCGUUGUAGCUGGCCCAAAGGAAAUAACAGAGGGUCUCCUCUUGUAUGUACAAACAGGGAGUUUUAUCUCCACUUAUGGACAAGUGGUUUGGUGCAAGAGAGCAGUUAAGAUAUUGUAAUAUGAAGUAUUCGCAUUAAUAAACCACAACCAUUGCAACGAGAAAUAGGAGUGAUUUGUUGAAGUUAUUACCCUAGUUGGUAUAAAUAAUCUACAACGGUUACAAUCAAUUACUCUCUAUGAGAUGGUAAAUAUUUUUUCUGAUACCUGAAUUUUGUUAGUGGAUGAAUACAUUAGCAUGGAAACAAUUGUUUUCAGAGAUC